AGCAAGCCAAAUGGUCUGGCGUUAAAUGAUUUGGUGUUAAGAGAUAUGUGCUUUGUCGUACCCUAUUCUUAGCGUACAUGCCGAUAUGUCAUAUCCGAUCAUAUCCACAGCGGUUGGUUGACGAUAACAAAGCAUUCAAAAUUACCUUCUCUUUAGAGAUCAACCAAGAUAGCGGUUGUUUCAUUGUUAUUCAUAUCUCAAGGGAUUUUGAGUUAAGUGGUUGCACCUAAAGAAUAAGAAAUAGCAUCAAAUUUCUUUGAUCGAGAACGAGAACAAACCAGUUCUGGAGCUGUGUUUUAUUGUGGUAUAUACUGGAGUCCAGGACUCCAGUUUCGAAUAUUUGUGAACUCACUGAGGUUGGAAUGUAUUGAGGAGUUAUUGGCACUAGAUUUAACGGCGACUUGAAUAUCUCAUGGCCAGGAAGGAGCUAGCAGUACUACUAGCAUUUUUAAUUGCCAUGACUCCUUUAACGUAUUUCGUUGUGAAGGAGGAGCUACGACAAUCAAGGCGUAUGUCUCGCUUAAAGAUGCAUUCCGACGAAAUAGAAGAUGCCAUUAAUGUGGCAAACCUACGUUUUGACGACUCAGAAAAUAUGUUGUCCUUGAAGGAAGCAGUGCAUGUACAAGGAAAAAGAUCAUUAUAUGACACCCCACUGGACACACAAGAAAAUAACAAAGAGCUUCAUAAACGCCUUACCCGAUCUAGAAACCAACUUAAACAGCUGCAACUCAAAAUAAACGAAUUGGGAGAAGAAUUUAAAAAAUGCGACUCAAAAGAUGGAAUUGGUGAAGUCAUAGAUAAACAAAAAAUAAAUAGAGCUGUCCCCACAGUUUUUAUAGUUACACCGACAUUUAAAAGAUUUGUUCAAAAAGCUGAACUAACUCGAGUAUCCCAAGCGCUCAAAGGAGUUCGCAAUCUUCACUGGAUUGUUGUCGAGGAUUCACUUCGUAAGAGCAAGCUAGUGGAGCAAUUUCUAAAGAGUUCGGGCUUAAAAUAUACCCAUUUGAAUAUUAGGACGCCAGAGAUUUUUCAAAAAAGGAAGGGAGAGUUUCGAAGGUUUAAACCACGAGGAGUCUUCCAAAGAAAUGUUGGUAUCCAGUGGAUGCGGGAUAAUAUCAAUCCUGAGGACACACCUGGGGUGGUGUACUUUGCUGAUGACGAUAACACCUACGACAGUCGGCUAUUUGAAGAGAUUCGAUGGAUAAAAGGUGUAGGGGUUUGGCCUGUAGCAUUUACAGGAGCUGCUCGAUGGGCUGGUCCCGUAUGUCAAAAGGGCAAAGUGAUCAGAUUCCACACAAACUGGGGAAGAUUUCGACCCUUUCCGAUAGACAUGGCUGGCUUUGGUAUUAAUAUCAAAAAGUUGAUAACCGAAUAUCCACAUGCUGAAUUUAAGGCUAUGAAAAGACCUGGGAUGCUGGAGUCAUCUUUAUUGAGGCAAAUUACUGCAAGGGAGGAGCUGGAGCCUUUGGGUGAUUGUCAAAAGGUAUUUGUCUGGCAUACGAGGACCCAAAAGCCACGUGACAGCAUUAUUGGUGAAAAAGAACUAAGAGAGGAAGGAAGGCCUUCGAAUCCAAAUAUAGAAACCUAGUGUUCGCGCGGCAACUGAAGGCCAUGCAUGAUAGUUAUAGGAAUUGGCCCUGGACACAAAUUUGUUACAAACCCAUAACACGUUUGAGGUUAAAUCUUAUAUCUCUCUCAAUAUUCCAGGAAAAAUAAGGAAUAUGAAGUCGUCGAUGCAUACAUCUACACCAAACACUAAUCAUAUAGACUUUCUUAAAGUCUACGUUGAAAAAUGUUUUACGGUAAUAUCCCACUGCUGUUCGUCACUAGGCACUACAGGGGUGUCGAUUCUUCAGUCAUAUUUGUGAGCUCUAACGUAACGCAUGCGCAAUCGAAUUUCAUCACAUGACAAGCAUUUAUGUCUAAAAUUGACCGACAUAUUGAAGGGCCAGCGCCCUUUAGAUCAUCUUAAGAUCUUACGACGUCUAGGUAUAUUGAGUGGAUAGUUCUUCAUACUUCGAUCUUUUAAUAUGUACUUGUUCUUUUUUCAAGUCAAAGUUUCUGGCUUAAAAAAGUGUUUAACAUCAUUAUCGUUAACUCAGUUUCAUGCAAAUCUUCACUUUCAAGCAUUUUAUCCAUAAUAUUGUGGUUCUGCAUGAAGUAGUAAGGUAGAGGGCGCUUCUCUUUCAAGCAGUCAUAAAUCUGCUUAAAUAUUUGUUCUGUUGUUACUAUGAUCUCGGGAGAUUUAGUCAUGUUUUGUUCAAGACAGUAAAAGAACACCAUCUUCAGUAAA